AUGGCUGACGACUCAACCAAAAAACAUUCUUCUAAGGAUGGAAGCACUAACGAUACUUCCAGUCCCUUUUUUAUUCAUCAUUCAGACCAUCCAGGAAUGGUCAUCGUUUCCAAGCUUUUAUAUGGAGAUAACUAUGGGACAUGGUGUCGUUCUAUCAAGAUCUCUCUGAGUGCCGAGAAUAAACUUGGUUUUGUCGACGGAUUUGUCAAAAGACCAUUAGUGAAGACUGAUCCAGAAGGUUUUUCCCUAUGGCGGCGCUGCAAUGACAUGGUCCUAUCUUGGAUCCUGAACUCACUCGAACAAGAUAUAGCAGAUAGCGUGAUUUAUUCAGACACAACCCAUGAUAUCUGGCAGGACCUUGAGGAACGUUUCUCCCAAAGCAACGCGCCCAGGAUUUUCCAAAUCCAGCGUGACAUAGCUUCACUUACUCAAGAUCAGAUGACCGUCGCUGUGUACUACACAAAGUUGAAAGGUCUCUGGGAUGAAUUAGCAUCAUACAACAAUGUCUCUCCUUGUAGCUGUGGGGCAAUGAAGACUCAUGCUGAACAAGAAGAACGAAACAAAAUUAUGCAGUUUCUCAUGGGACUCAACGAGUCCUAUGCUGCAGCUCGUGGACAAUAUUGCUCAUGCAACCCUUGCCUGCAUUUCGCAAGACAUAUUCCCUAA